CUCCACAUGUGUGAAUAAUGUAUUAAAUCUGCAGAUUGUACAAAAUUAAUAAAAAUGCACAGUUAUUAUUCUUUAAUUUUAUUUAGUAGCAUUCUGAACUUAACAGUUAUACUAUCUCAAGAUGCUAAAGGUCCUGGAAUAUCAUCAUGUAUUUUUUUUGGCGAACGCACUGAAGAUUAUUGUGGUCUCUCGAAAGUUCUAAUUAAAGACAUACCUGAAAAGUGUACAUGUGUAAUUUACUUUGGAGUUUAUAUGGAUUUAAAAUACAAUGCUACUAAUUCCGAUAAUACGAACGAUUUUGCACUUUUAGACGAUAUGUUGAAUAGUGGCAAGUGUGUAAUGAUAUACUACUCACACACGCCCCAAGAAUGGGCUACAGUUCUUGCAAGUAUUUCGUCGAAUGAAAAAAACAACUCGUUCGAUGAAAUGGAAGCCUUACAGACUUUUUUCGAUGAACAUCCAAAGAUUGCUGGUGUAAUACUUAUAGGUUUACAGUAUAAUAGUAAAUACGAUGAAAUUCUCGAAUUAUCUGAAAAAUUAAAAAAAUAUCUCGAGUUGAUGGAAAAAACUUAUCCAGAAUUAGCAAUUGGUAUUGAUUUUCGAGGGCAAUUUUUAAUAGAUCACUAUGCCAACCCAAUAAUUAAAUGGUUGAAUAUCAAUGAUAUCGACUGCGCUGUGGAUUUUUACGUUGUUUCUCUGGAAUUUUUUAACCCAUGCUAUGCCGAUCUAAGAAAUACCGGAACAGUUCCAAUAAAAGGAAAAGCAAAUUAUACAUUGGAUAAAUUAAAAGGUGUCUUACAGAAAGCAAGUUUUCCAAAUAAAAAAAUAUAUUUUAAAUUUAAAACGAACCCGGUAUCAAUCAAUGAUAACCUUACUAUUUGUGAUUUGAAUAAUGAAAAGAUGUGUGAAGAGCCACAAGAAGCUUGUGAUUGGUGUGCAGAUACUACAGUAUCAUAUAAUGAAAAAGGUAAAUUUUCGGCAGAUAAUGGAGCUGGAUUUAUGGUUCGUUAUAUUGAUUAUGAUGAUCCUGAUAAUUGUUGUCGAUGUGCAACCCCUUACCCAGCGUUCAACGCUAUUCUAGAUGUGCAACCACUAUCAUCUUUUGAUUUUAAAUGGUAA